AUGCGAAAAAUUAUUGAAGACAUUAUUUUAAGUGAACGAUACUCGUUGAAUGUUGCUUUGAUUGUAUAUCGCAAUCAUCCUCCUCAAGAGCAUACUUUUGCCAUUCAAUUGAAUGAUUUUACAGGUGGUGACGAAACAGCAAAAACGAAUGUUACUUCAUCUGUUCCUCGUUCAGGUAAUCCAUCAGGACAUGACCUAAUCGAGUGUGCUGCUCUACUUGCUGAACGUAGUAUAACUUUGUAUAAGGUUGGUUGUGAACCAACAGUCAAACCUUAUCGUAAUAUUUUUAUGCCGCUUGCUUUUAAAACCGGUGGUCAAUAUAUACCAUUGAAUAAUGCCGGAAAUUUAUCAUCGAGAUAA